GUCUCUCGCCCUCACUCUAUAUAUACAGAGACACAGCAGCCGCCAUUUUUCAAACCAUCCAAAACAAACACAGACCAUUCCUUUAACUAAUCAAAAGGUAAAAUCAUCCCACUUCAUAAUCAAAACAUUAAACAAUCCGAUCACCGCCGGCGGCGAUAAUGAAACCGACGACGUCGACCAGCGGAAACCCGGACGAAAGCGGCGGCCAGUCCCGUUACCGGGGAAUACGGAAGCGCAAGUGGGGCAAAUGGGUGUCGGAAAUCCGGCUGCCCAACAGCCGGGAGAGGAUAUGGCUAGGUUCCUACGACACGGCGGAGAAGGCGGCCCGGGCGUUCGACGCCGCCCUCUACUGCCUCCGCGGCCGGACCGCCAAGUUCAAUUUCCCGGAAUCGCCGCCAGAGAUCGACGGCGGCGAGUCUCUCACUCCGCCUGAAAUUCAAGCCGUGGCCAGCCGGUUCGCGAACGAGGAGCGGUCCCCUUCGUCGGAACGACGGACCGGGGAUGCGCCGGAGCAGUGCACGUCGUCGUCCUUGGCUGCGUCGGCUUCAGCUGGAGCACACGGAGGGGGCGGCGAGGAUAAGUUGAUGGACUGGUCGUUUUUGAAUCUGCUGGAUCCCGGGGAGAGCGUGUCGGAUUACGACGGGCUUAUAUCGGGCCUGGACAAUGAGCUUUUUCCCCCGCCGCAUGCGACGGCCGGCGACGAAAACGAUGGGGAAGAAAAUGGUGGGGGCGAGGCUUAUUACCAGCAAUUCGACCUCUGGAAUUUCUAGCGAUGUAGCGAUUAGCAGUGGCGUUUGGAUGUGGUCUCAGGAGUUUGGCGAAUUUUAGCGAGUUUUGACCGGUUUAUCAUUAUUUUAAAAUAAUAUAUUAAAUAAUACUAUAUUUGAAAAAAUAUUUCUAGAUUCAAACUGGAUAAAGCAGCGAGAUUUAUAAGUGUAAAGACCAACUUUUUUUCUUGUCAAAUCUUGUCAGAGCAAGUAGUCAGAUUUGUUUGCCACGACGUGAAGACUUAAUUGGACUAUCAUUUAAAUUUUGUUUCUUGAUCUAGCAAAAUUUAUUGUAUAUUCAAUAUUCUUAAUUAAUAAUCCAAAGUAUGUCAUUUUCAAAA